GAAGACGAGAAGUUAAAUUUUAUUGAGGACUUUGUCACCAAAGAUAGUAUUUAUGUCAUAAAACCUAAGGAUGUAGAACUUGAAAACCAAUCACUUUUAGACAGUCUACUUACCUUUGAAAAAGAACAAAAUAUUGUUACAUUGGAAAAUAUUGAAAGAAAUAUUAAUGAAGAAUGUAGAAGAGAUUGUCAGGUUGAUUGUAAAACCUCAAGUACACAUUCCAAAGUCAGUACAAAAAUUAAAGAGGAAGAUGACCAUUGCCUGGAUGAUUUUCACGUUAAAACCGAGUGUGAUACCACAGAUACACAUGUAUCCAUUGAUUGGGUAAAAUUGAUUAAUUUUUCUGAAAAAUCCGGUAAUACACAUUCCAAAGUUAUUGAAGAAAUUAAAGAAGAGGAGCAUUGCCUGGAUGAUUUUUAUGUUAAAACCGAAUCUAAAAUCAACGGUAAUGAUGAAUAUAACAAUUCUCAUCGAGGAGAUGAAAGUAAAGGUUUCGUGUGCAAUAUUGAGCAUGAAAGAAGGGACAAUGUAUUUUCUAAAGAAGAUUAUACAAAUUACCUACACAAUGAAGACGAUAAGGAUGAGGCCAUGUUGGAGACGAAAAUUGAAGUGGAAAAUCACGGGGUUGAAACGAACAUUUGUGAUAUGAUUCCAAAUAAAUCAGGGACCGAAAAAAAAGUUGGAAAUUUUGAAAUCAGAAAAAUUAUAAUUGUGACUACACGCAGAAAAAGGAAAAGGGGUUCAUUUAAAUGCGUCAUUUGUGAAAAAGUAUUUACUAGUGGGUUCACUCUAAAAACACAUUUAAACGCUGUACACUUGAAAAUUUUUAAGAAAUGUCCACACUGCGACUUUAAAACACCUUACGACAAAAUCCUGAAAAGACAUCAAAACGUAAAACACGAAGGUGUGUUUCAAAAAUGUCCUUAUUGCACCGAAGCGUUGGACACGAAAAAAAAUUUGGAUUUUCAUGUACAAACAAUGCACAAAGCGCAAAACAAGAUAGAACGGAAAAUAACCAUCACAAACAACUUUAAAAAGUGUGACAAUUGUAAAAAGGUUUUGAAUUAUGGUGUGGGUUCUUCAAGGUAUGGAAAACAUGCUAAUGUGUGUUUUGGCUUCGACAAGGAUUAUUUUUUUUGUCAGUUGUGUCCGCACAAAUCUGCUCGAAUCGCCAACUUGUUAAAACACAUUCGACUCCACAAGAACUACACAACCUACCAGUGCAAUUUUUGCGACUACAACUCGCUCACGCAGGCUUUAAUAGACCGCCACAUUACCAUACAACAUAAAGAAUUAGUCGUGAAAAACAGUCAGUUGCUCUCGCAGCCCAUUUAUUGGUGCGACACUUGCGAUUUUCGGUCAAUAAUCAAGAAAAAUUUUGAUAGGCACAUUGCAGAAUGCUUCAAAGUUUAA